CAUGCAGAGUGCACUUGAGUGCAACAGCACCUCAGCCAGAAACAGAGCUGAAGCAAGCAACAAUAACAGAUGCCUUUGAAAAAGACAUUACUUUUGAAGAAACAAAUUGCUCACCAACUUGCCACAAGCUGCUUGUUGUUGAAUUACUUCAUGGUGGAAGAAAUGGCUGAUAAACAAUCUCCAGGGUCCUGGGUUCGAUCCUGAUGUCAGGUGACUGUCUGUGUGGAGUUUGGCAUGUUCUCCCCAUGUCUGUGCUAAUCCAGUGUAAAAAAAAAAGUGCAAAGAAAGAGGAAGAGGAGGAUCUGGAGAAAGAGAGGAAAAGAGGGAGUGAGAGAAGUCCAUAUAAAGAAAGAGGAGGAGAGCCAAGAUCACAGCAGCAGAGAGAAUCUACAGGCUAUAUGUUCACCAGUGCAGACAGUAAGAUAGGAGUACAUAGUAAGAGAGGAGGGGCAAGAGAAGCUUGUGUGAUUAAAAGUGUGUCAGGAUGGCAGGCACUGGACGUUAUUGGUUCACACUGAUCUCAGGCCUGUUGGAGUGUUUGUGCUUCGCCGGCAUCCUGUUUGGAUGGGCCUCGCUGGUCUUCGUGCUGAAGAGUGAUGGCUUCUUCAGCUACCUGUGUGUAAACAGCACGGUCAAUGGGACCAUUACCAAAGAUUGCAGUGAGCAGGAUGAGCAGCUCUCCGUUAUCUUCACUAUUGCCUCCUUCAUGAACAACUUCUUCACUCUGCCCAAUGGUUUUGUGUUUGACCAUUUUGGCACCACCGUGACCAGACUCCUAGGAAUAUCUAUCUACACCACUGGGACCUUAUUGAUAGCCUUCUCAAAUGUUGCACUAUCAGUCCUCCUCUAUCCUGCUCUCUCUCUUAUUGCUAUUGGAGGAAUACUUUUCUUAGUCACUAACAUGCAGGUGGGGAAUCUCUUUGGAGCCCGUCGGUCCACUAUCAUCACUCUGUAUAAUGGAGCCUUUGACUCUUCCUCUGCUGUCUUCCUUGUUGUCAAGCUGCUGUAUCAAGAUGGAGUGUCCCUCCGUUCCUCGCUCAUCUUCUUGUCCUGUUGCAGUGUUUUUCAUCUGAUUCGCACCUUCCUGCUGAUGCCUCGCAGACACAUCCCCUACCCUCUUCCUGAGAACUACACCUAUGGGCUGAGAUGUGGGGAUGCUCAGACUUCUAGUGAGUCAGAAAAUGUAAGUGGUAAGAGCAAUGUCCAGAAUUAUGAGGCUACAGAGACAACCCCAUUUAAAGAAGACAAUUCUGCCAAGACCAAGAAUCCAGACAUGCCAGUGCGAAGCUUCAAAAGCUGCAUCUUCUCUUGGUUCUUCUUAUGGCAUCUGCUCUGGUUGUCAAUCAUGCAGCUUAGACACUACCUGUUCAUUGGGACUCUUAACCCCAUGCUCAACCACCUAGCAGCUGGGGACCCCAGCCUUGUGAGUACAUAUACAAAUGCGUUUGCCUUCACCCAGCUGUGUGGGAUACUGUGUGCCCCCUGGAAUGGGCUCAUUAUGGACCGGAAUAAAGGAAAACCCAGGGAAAAAGGCCAGAGUGAAAGUGAGGCAGACUUAAAGGCAGCCAUACUGUCUCUGUGUGUGACAGUGGUGCAGUGUGUGCUCUUCUCCCUGUGUGCUGCCAUUCCUCUACUACCCCUGCAGUACCUCACCUUUAUAUUACAGGUUCUCAAUAGGUCCUUCCUGUAUGGAGGGAACGCAGCUUUCAUCAGCGUGGCGUUCCCUCCUGCACAUUUUGGAAAGCUGUACGGAACAGUGAUGGCUCUCUCAGCAGUGGUGUCACUCCUACAGUAUCCCUGCUUCUCACUUAUCAAUGGACCUCUUGAUGGAGAUCCAUUUGCUGUGAAUGUUGCUCUGACCAUCCUGAGCUGCCUGGCCUUUAUCCAUCCUCUCUAUGUUUUCCUGCACUGCCGGCGUCAAGCAGCUCGACGGGCCGACUCUGAUAAAACUACCUCCUCUUAAGUAGGACAUGUUCAUAAAGGG